UUGGAGAUAGAUUACUUGAGUUCUCUCCCAACUGUGGGAAGGGUGUGGGGUUAAGUGGUUAGAACAGGGGGCUGCGAGCCAGGACGCCUGGGUUCUUUCCGAGCCGUAGGAGGGUGGCGAGAUGGGCCAGACUUGAGGAUGGGCCUGGGUUCCCCACAACUCCCCCGUAUUUUACACUGGUUUUGCUUCCUCUUUUCCCUCCCUGCAGCUCCAGGAGUAUAGAGGAGCCGGAAGGUUGCAAAACGCCUGCCCUGCAGGCUACACCCGGCCUGACCCUGCCCAGAGCCAUGUACUGCCCAUCUCUGUGAUGUGACCCCUGCCACUUGCACACCCAGCAUCUGCUCCUCUCCAGCACCGCUGCCCAGCUCCCCUUACCAGUCUGAACCCCUACUGGAGCCAGCCCAUGCCAGGGUGACACCCAUCCUGCAGGGGCCAGGCUAUGAAUUCACACCGGACGCCUGGGUUCCAUCCCAGCUCUGGGAGGGGAGUGGCACACCCCCACUGGCCAACUCAACUCUAUAGCUGCUGCCCAUGUCCCUUUAAGACCCCUUGUGAUCUCACAGAAUCCUGAUGUCAGAGGUCAUGGGGUGAGGUGACUGUUGUAUCCCAUGGUGACACUUGUGAAGUCAGGUCAGGGGAAUCCCUGCUCCCUCUCCCCUACCUGGGGUCAGGACCAGAUCCUGUCUCUCACAUGGGGCCCUUGGGCUAGUGUGACACCCUUCACACAAGGACCCUGCUCCUCGCACAAGGACUGCGCCCAUCACACAAGUCCUCAGGCUUUGCAAGAGGAGAGCCAAGAGGGAGGAAGGUGGCCCCUUGCAUAAGGAAGCUGCCCCUCCCUCUGCAGCACCAUGGCCUAUGUGGUAGUGAAAACCAUCUGGCAGUCGAAGGAAAUCAAUGAGGCUGGGGACCCGCCCUCUGGGGCAGAGACCCAGGCCCAGAGUGCCAGGGACCUGCUGGGCAAGGCUGGUGCCAAGGCCCUGCUCAAGAAGAAGAAGGCGGUGUCUUUUCAUGGGGUGGAGCCCCCCCUGGCCAGCGAGGGCCCUCCCAGCCGCCUCAACCUGAAGCGCUCAUCAGCCUGCACCAAUGUGUCACUGCUGAACCUGACAGAUGGGGAGCGCGACGACUCCACUGAGUCCACGGACGACAGCCCCUCCCGCGGCCCAUUGCACCCACCGGACCCUGCUGGCUCUGAGGAUGACACUGAUGCCCCCACCCCAGUGGACAUGGCAACCAGUGGCCUGGUUCGUGCCAAGGACUCAGUCACCAGUCUCAAAGAGCGGGCGUCCCGCGUCAACAGGCGAGUCCAGAGCCUGCAGAGCGAGUGCUCCAUGCUGUGUGAGAACCUGGAGCGGCGACGCAGGGAGGCGGAAGACCUGGAGGAGCACUGCACACGGCUGCAGGAGAGCUGCCGGAAGGUGAGCCAGUCAGUGGAAGACGCUGAGAUCAAAACCAACCUGCUCAAGAAGAACUCAGUGCUGCUGGAGGAGAAGCUGCGCUCACUGCAGCGCCAGGCACAGGGUGGGGACCUGAGCUGGCCAAAUCCGGAGGCACUGGGUAUCCCCAAGCCCUUCCUGGAGGUGACAGGGGGCAGCCUGGCUCCCCAAGGCUGCCCUGGGACACUGGAAGAUGAAGAGAAUGAGGAAGGCAGCACCACUGAGGCCCUCAAUAGCCUGCAGAAGGUGCCAGCAAGGACCUGGGACAUGAGACUGGAAGGGCUGCAGCUGGAGAGCAGCCUGGGGCCACUGAAGUGGCUGGAGCAACUGCGGGCCCGGUGGGAGCGUGACUGGCAAGAACAGAGUCAAUGCCUGCAGGGGCAGCUGGACGAAGCCUCCACCAUGGCGAAGUGCACGGUGCUAUCUCUCACUCAGCUCCAGUCUGACCUAGAGCAGCUGAGGCAGAUCAAGCCCCUACUGGAGGACCUCUCCUGGCAGCUGGGCACCCUCAGAGGCCUGGAGGUGCCCAGCAGAGCCACUGGUGCCUGUGCCAGCCAGGGCUGUGCCAUCAUGGAGAGCUUGCGGCAGAUGGUGGAGCGUGCGGUGGCACCUGUGCUGGAGGAGCUGAAGCAGCGUGAGGGCACCCGGACAUCCUGCCCUUCCUGCCAGAGGCUGCACAGCAAGAUACUGGACCUGGAGCAGGAGGCUCUAGAGACCCAUACCCAGGUGGAGACGCUGAAUUCCAGCCUGCGCCUGGCCCAGGAUGAGGCCCUGAGAGCCAAGACCUACCUGGAGCAGGCCUGGAUCAGCCCCCAGGAGAAGCCCCUCAGUCUUGACCCCCUGCACACACGGCUCAGCUCCCUGCAGGCCCAGCUGUCAGCAGAGGGAGCCCCCCUGGUAUCCCUCAAGCCCUGCAGCAGGGAGAACCACAGCCUCCAGUAAAGCCCUGGGAACCAUA